AUGUUGCAUCGUAAACGAACGAUAGUUUCUUCGUCCAAUAGUGAAUUAGAAAAAAUUUCCGUGUCUUCUCCAAAGGAUCAAACUGAAAUAGUUAAUAUUCCUUCUCCGUCGUCAAACUAUCAAACUGAGACAGUAUAUGUUCCGACUCCAUCUCCAAACUAUCAAAAUGAAACAGUAUAUAUUUCCACACCUUUACCAACGCAUCAAACCGAAACAAUAUAUGUUACUACUCCUUCACCAAAACUUUAUACUGAAACAGUAUAUAUUCCGGAACCUGUAGUAAAACAAAAAGCUCCAUUACCAAUAAAUCAGACUUCAAAAGUGUCAAUACCUCCGUCUAAAUCAAAAGUCCAACCAGUCGAAACAACUAAUCGUAAGUCUUUACCAGUAUCAACUAGCGUUUCUUCGACAAAAGAUCAUAUUAAAGUAGUAUCUAUUCGUGCGACUACACCAAGAGUCUAUGCAUAUAGAAAUAAAAAUAGUGAAAAUCGGAAUCGAAAAGUAGCAGCAGCUGCAGUACUAAAACCAUGUUGUUGUUGUUGUUGUUGUUGUAAUGCACAAGUGUUAGCUGGAUUACUUAUAGCAUUAAUGCUAGUUGCUGCAAUAAUUAUUCCUUUAAUUAUUGUAUUAACAUCGAAUAGAGAUGAGUCAACAACGACAAUUACUACAACAACAACUACGUCAGAAACUACAACAACAGAAACAACAACAACAACAGAAACAACUACAACGACAGAAACAACAACAACAUCAGAAACAACAACAACAACAGAAACAACGACAACAACAGAAACUACAACAACAACAGAAACAACAACAACAACAGAAACAACUACAACGACAGAAACAACUACAACGACAGAAACAACAACAGAAACAACUACAACGACAGAAACAACAACAGAAACAACUACAACGACAGAAACAACUACAACGACAGAAACAACAACAACGACAGCAACAACUACAACGACUCAAACUACAACAACGACAGAAACAACUACAACGACAGAAACAACAACAACGACAGAAACAACAACAACGACAGAAACAACUACAACAUCAGAAACAACAACAACGACAACAACAACCACAACUACAACAGAAACAACAACAACGACAACAACAACUACAACAACAGCUUCAGUCCCUCUUACUAUGAGUGGAGUACAAAAAAGUUUUGAUCCAACAAGUUUACCAGAUGGUUGGACUUUAUGUUAUAAUGAUACAUAUGAUGUUGUAUUAAACUCGACACUUCUUGCUACAAUUCUAACUGAAUGUAACAAAGGCAAAUUGUUAUUAGGUUGUCGACCUAUUAAUUCGACUAUAUUGCAAUUAGCCGCAAUGGGUCUUCGAUCCGAUGUACUUUAUGAUUGUAGUCAUAUUGUCAAUUGUACACAUAUAGCUAAUGGAGUUGGUUGGUACUAUUCUUCAGAUUAUUCUUGGGGAUUUGCUAACUAUAACGAUACUGUUUAUCGUAGCCGUUGUGAUACUGAUGCAAGUACUGAAGGUUCGACUGAUUCAGAUCUACGACUCUGCUGGCAUACUAGCUCAAUAUAUGGUGGAUAUCGAUGUGGUAGUAAUGUUGGACUUAAUAGUGAUACAACUUUUGUACGAGUUAUUUAUACUGUUGAUUGA